AUGCCAUCUUCUACCGAUCCAGAACACGUUAGCCCUGACCGAUUGGGAUGCAGACUGUCAUUUGCGUUCUCCGGUAAGUCGGCCAGAAAUCGCUUCCUGAAGAGCUCUACCGGCGAACGCAUGGCGUCUUUCUCCGAAACUGAUAUUAGCUGUCGUGGAAUCCCUUCAGCCGAGCUUGUCAACUUAUACAGACACUGGGGCGAGGGUAGCAUCGGACUUAUUAUUACCGGCAAUGUUAUGAUCGAUUGUGCGCAUCUCGUUUCAGCAGGAGAUGCUAUCAUCCCUGUAGAUGCACAGCUCAAGGGCCUGCGAUUCGACAGAUUUAGUGGCAUUGCGCUAGAAGCAAAACGCCAUGGAUCCCUCGUCAUCGCUCAAUUAUGUCACCCCGGUCGUCAGACACCGUUACAUCUGCAACCAUUCCCAAUUAGUGCAGGGUUCGCCCAUGCCGCUGCGUAUGCGGAAAGGGCUGGGUUCGACGGCAUCCAGUUGCAAGCAGCACAUGGACACCUGCUGAGCCAAUUCCUGUCACCCAGAACAAACAAGCGCCAAGAUUCUUACGGAGGCAACGUGAAGAAUAGAAUGCGACUGAUCUCUGAAAUUCGCAAAGCAAUAUCCGAACGAGUAGCAAAAGAUUUUAUCGUCUGGAUUAAAAUUAACGCCGUUGAAUUCCAGCAGAGCGCCUUCGGAUCAGAAGAGACCGAUCAACUGAGCAUCGAACUGGAGCGAAGACGUUUUGAUUUCGUUGAACUGUCUGGUGGCACUUAUGAGGAUUGGACGAUGCAUCGCAAGCAAGUUGCUUCUAUACAACGGCAUGAGGCGGGGAGUCCUGAGCUCCUAUCCGACCAAGAUAGGUUGGCACUGCUGCAUACCCAAUUUUCAGCUGGUAAUAUCGACGUGCAAGCUGUUUGGGGGCUGCUUCUGCUAUCGGAUCUAGUUUCCAACCCUUCUGGGGCUGAUAUCGCUGCCGAGCUCUGUCAGAUCGCCUCUCUAGGAUCUGUAUAA